AUGACUUCUAAAAUUCAAAAAAAGGUUUUCAACAAUAAUCACAACCAUCACAGAAUCUUUAACGAUGGCGAAGACCUAGAAGAAGUAGAGUAAUAAUAAUUAAAUGAAAAAUUUAACAUAUUAGAAAUUGAGCCAUAACAAAAGAGAGAGGAAAAAAAGAUUAAUCCCACAUACAAAUCACAAAUAUUUUCUUCAGAUUAUGAUGAAAUUCCUCAAUUUAGAAAAUUGCAAGGUCAAUAGUAAUUGAAAGAUUAGACCUCAGAAUAGCUAUUUGGUGUGCAUGGAGAUAUGCUUUAGCGUAAAAAAAGAAGCAACAAAUCAGCAACUGAAGAAUAAAGCGCAAAUCAAGCAGUUAUAAAAAAAGAUAAUGAAGAAUAACUACAACAAUAGAACUCAGCUAAAAAGUAUAACAAAGAAAAAUAAAUGGUAUUCAAUGCGAUGUGGUGGGAUAAUUCUUCAAAACCAAAUAAUGAUCUAAAUCAGUAUAAGCCAGAUUUUGCUAAGUAGAGAAAGUUCUAAGAUUAUUCAAGCAAUAAUAUAUUUUAAACAGAAUCUUCAAUUUAAGGAGAUAGCCUAGUUUAAAAAAAUCAAGAGAAAGUUUAAACAGAAAAUAACUAAAACAAACAAUAAAAAUUUAACAUUAUUAGUAAUAUGAAUGAAGACUAAGUAAGCCAAAUAUCUGCUAUGAAGUAAUUAGCUGAUUAAAAGCAAAAUCUCUAGUAGUAAAUUUAGAGUGAUAUUGAUGCUCGAAAGGCUAAUCGUAACUACUCUAACUUAUUUGGAAGAUGUUAAACUCCUUAAAUACCUUAGAAUGCCAAUCACGACAACGAAAAAACUGCUGACUUUUCUAAAAACACAAGCACGGUUAAUAACAAAUCAGAACUUUUCUUGCCUACCAAUGCAAAUAUUGAUCAAUUUGAUAGUAGGAAAUACAAUCCAAAAACUGAUAAAGAAAAUAAAGAUAUUAAUGCUUGCUAGCGUUACUUCAAGAAUCUUUAAUCUGUAUUAGAUACUCAUACAUUUUAAGCAGAAUACAAGAGAGGAGUUCUCAUCAAUAAAGAUAAACCUGCAAAUUAUGAGGAAGGAAACAUUUUGGAUAAUUUCAGUGAAAUUAGAAGUGAAUUACUAGGUGAAAAUAAUUCUAAGCCACCAAAAUAAACUUUUAUCCAUGUAGGAGAAAUGGAAAAAAUUUAGUAAUUAGAAUUUAAAAACAUGAAAACUCACUUUGACUAAGAAAAUUUCAAAAGAUUUUGUGUCCAAAAAGGCUAUAAAGUUUUAGUAUUUACUUCGAGUUCGAAUGGAAGAGGAAGCGUAUUCCUGAGAUUAAAUCGCAAAAACCCAGAUCCUGUUGAUUCUAUUAUCUCAAAUCUCAAGAUCAAUGGAGUCAAUAUUGCUAUAUAAAAGGAAAUCACAGGGAAGGAAUUCAAUUAAAGAAACUUCGAAGCUCCAGCCUUGGUCAAAAAGCAAAAAUAAAUUCCUCGUCCACUAACAGGAAAAAAGUAAUUUAGUGGUAAAAGUUCGAACAUCCAAUCCCACAAUAUUUUCAAAGAAGAGAAAAAAGCGAAGGAGAUAUGA